AUGUUCUCAUCAUUUAAUUUAUUGACACCAGAUGUCUCAAAGGAGGGAUUUGCCCUUCUUGGACUUCUUCGUGCCUAUCUUGAAUUCGACAUGUAUACUUCUCUCUCUGUUCAUACAGAGACUACUCUUAAAGCUGGAGAAGAAGCACUUAAAAUUUUUGAAAAGGCUCUUCGGGAAUAUAUCAAUAGCAGUGAUCUUCCUCCAGAGUUGAAAAAAUCUUGGAAUUUUCCCAAGGCUCACACACACAAGCAUGUAUUUGCUGACAUUCUUUGGAAAGGGGUUACCCAAAACUACAAUACAAAGCCAAAUGAAAAGGCACACUCACCUUUGAAAGAUUUCUAUCUUCUUAUGACAAACUUCAAGAAUUUUGUUUCACAAAUCUUGCGGCUCAAUGAAAAUGAUGUGGUUGCCAUCAUUAUUCGUGAAGAAUUGGAUAUGCUUGAUAAACAUCACAAGAAACAGAAGGAGGCCUUGGAUCAAGAUAACAUCGCUCAGACCAUCAUUGGAAAUAGUCAUGUUUCUCUUGGCUCAGUCCAGAGCUCUAUGACUAUUGGAUUUGUUGAACAGCGCCACAGGGAAGAUCCAGCCUUCAAGAAUUUCAGAAGAGAACUCUCAAAGGCUCUGCCUGGAAUUCUUGGUACUGGGAGGCGGAUUCAGCUUGGACUUCAGGAUGAGGAAUGA